GUAUGGUUUGCAGCAUCUAGCCAAGCAUUCUUCUCGUUAGGUGUUGGUUUCGGUGUACAUUUAGCCUAUGGAAGUUAUAAUCAAGUUGAUCAUCCAGCUUAUGUGGAUUGUAUUUUCACUACUGCAAUGAAUGCGUUCAUUAGUGUCCUGAAUAGCAUAACUUUAUAUUCAUUUAUGGGUUAUUUAUCAAAGUAUCAAAAUGUUCCACUUUAUCAAACAUUUGAUGGAAGUGAGUUUAUGAAUAUAUUUUUAUUUUUGAAAUGUAUGAAUUAA